UAGUAUUCGUUGAAAAAAAGUCUGGAACAAAUUGUUGAUAAGUUUUGUUUUGCAUUUUUGCAGGCAUCUUGUUGUUUUUGUGUUUCAAAUUUGAAGAAGAGAAGUAAAUUGAGGCCAUGGAGAAACCUACUGUGACCGAACAACCUCCCCCGUAUUCUGCUACAAUGCCGCCAGGUUCCCAAAACAUUCCUCAGUAUGGACCACCACCGCAGCCGCAGGGAUCAUUUCCACCUCCCCCACCAGGCUACACUCCGCAACAGUACCCCUCCGCACCACAAGGCCAACCGUAUGCCAUGCCAAACUACGGAGCAACUAACAUCAUUAUACCACCAACAAUAAUAGCCGUUGGUGCCUGUCCAGCCUGCCGAGUCGGUAUACUAGAAGAUGAUUUCACAUGUCUCGGUAUUUUAUGUGCUAUCCUCUUUUUCCCUAUUGGAAUCUUGUGCUGUCUCGCUCUCAAGAACAGGAGGUGCUCAAACUGUGGAGCAAUGUUCGGAUAGAAAUGCUACAAAUGUUUGUUGAUU